UUAGAGAAUUAGAGAACUUUCUGUGUUGAAAGUUAUUUAUUAGAUAUUGUCAGUCACUCCUGUAAGUAAGAACAAGUUCUCUUUAUUCUUGUUUUACCUUGAGUCAAAUUAAAAAUUCCACUGAUGGCCACUUGGUAAAUGUGUAUGUGUGUGUAUGUUUUUCAGGGAGUGUUGACAUUUAUGGAUGUGGCCAUAGAAUUCUCUCUGGAGGAGUGGCAAUGCCUGAACACUGCACAGCAGAAUUUAUAUAGGAAUGUGAUGUUAGAGAACUACAGAAACCUGGUCUUCCUGGACCUGAUCACCUGUUUGGAGCAAGGAAAAGAACCUUGGAAUGUGACGAGACAUGAGAUGGUAGCUGAACCUCCAGGUAGUCUUUCUGCUGUUAUAAAACUUACCUUGUAUCUCAGCAGACUCAAACUGUCAUUUGAAAAAAUACCACUAUUUAUUUUAGACCUUUAUGUAAUGAGAGACAGGAACCAGUGUUUGUAAAAACCAUACCAUUCAGAAAUAAAGAUGUAUAAGGCAGUAUUUUACUUGUCUUCUAAAAAAGAAACCAGAAGUUGGCAAUUUAUUUCUAAAGUCAUUAUGUUAU